AUGAGUCCAACUAAUAAUGAAGAUCGCGAUCCCAAUUUUGUGCUGAAAGAGGAAAAUACAUCAGAAACUGAAGACGAUAUUGAAGAAGUUGUUGGAGAGAAAGAAGAGGAUAGCGACGACCUAAACUUGAAUAAAACAAAAAAUGUUGCUGCAGCUUUCGUGGCCAAACUGCAAUUUCACAAAAGAAAUAUGGGCAGGCGUAAAUUCAAUAACUUCCCUAUUUCGUCAGAAAUAUCUUUCAACAUCAACAAUGAUGACUUGCUUGUUUACUGUCAACACUUGGAGAAUAUUCACGCUGAUGUCAAAGAAUGA